AUGUCAAAUAAUGACUUUACACAUUUUGCGAAACGGAUAUUAACUGAUCCUGCCAAGUUUAUUUCAUGGUGCCCAGUCUCGGAUCUACUACUAAUUGUCUCACCAGAUAACGCGCUUUCAUUAUACCGUGUUGCAAUCAAGCAACUGACGCUCUUGUGGUCAUCAGAAACAGCCUUUGAUUCGACCAUUACUUCAGUUACUUGGAAGCCAGAUGGCAAAGAGUUGGCUAUUGGUUGUGAGAACGGGGUAGUGUAUAAAGUGGAUACACGAUAUGAAUCACUUUGCAUAUGCCAGUGUUGGCCCCCUGAAAAGUCAAGUCGUCCAUUAUCGGCUAUCAAAUCGCUUUUUUGGACACAUUAUGGACCAGAAAAGAAGGAUGAAAUCAUUGAAGGAUUCGAUCCCACUGCAUUUGAUCCAGAAUUGAGUUUACCAACGUUAAGCCACCUGCCACUUAUUGAACCAACCAUAAAAAUCAAUGUUCGACACAAGAAGAAAACAUUACCAGAGAGACCUUUUGAUAAUGCAGAAACUCAGUCUAUUUUGUUUGUGGGUACAGACAAUGGUGAUAUGAUUGCUAUCCUGAACGGGGUCUAUCAGAUUGGUACUUUUAACCUAUCACAAGAAAAGACAGCAAAGGAUAUUUCUAUACUUAAUAUUGUUGCAGCAAGCACUAUAUCAUCCAUCAAAGUCUUUGGAUGCACCAAAUUGACAAACGAGCCCUGUCUGUUUACGGUCGAUACGAGCUUUUUAGAAUCCAAAAAGGAAGAGAUCUCCAGAGUUGCCGAAAUAAAGACACGUCUGGAUUAUCUAUUUCAAUAUGCAAUACAUGUCAUCGAGACGCUAAAAGACCAUCAUAGCUCCUACACAAAACUUACAAAGAAUGUCGUUGUAAGCGCUUCAGAUGCUAUUAUCAGCAAUAACGGCGAGCUUCAAAAACCAAUUCCAGAGGUAGAAUUCAUUGCGAUAUUGGCGACAGGCAACUUAUCACAGGCCAUAAGAGAAUUAAUAACAGAUGAAUUAACACCACAGUUUAUCAAACAAUGGGAGACGACCAAUAACCAUGGCUACCAAAGCUCUUUACGAAUCAUAUGCGAGCAUGCAUUACCUGUGUUUGAAAGAAUACUACUUCAACUAAGCGAUUCUCUUGGCCAUAGCUUAUGGAAAGAACGAUACGAACCGUUCCUAGACGUGGCCUCGGUUGAAUCGUGUAUCGAUCAUGUAAACAAGUUGAUUGUUCUGAUCCGGGAUUUAGCACAGCAUAUAAGACGUCUGAUAAAGCUGUUUGGAGCAUUUAUUGCAUGGAUUAUCAAAGUCUCUUCCAAACUAGCAGACCCCGAAUCAGCUGAAUUACAAAACGAACCAACACUUUGUGAAGAACCCGAAUGGGUGUUCGAGUAUCUAGAAGAAUGGUUUGUGACGGACAAGAUUGCCAAAUUCUUUAUUGAAUCCAAUGGGAACGAUGCAUGUAUAACCAAGUUAUUAUCAGAUACAGUCGAUCAUUAUACAUCCAUGUUUCAAAGGCCUUCAGAGACUAUAUCGAAAGAAAUGAAUAUCAAGUUUGCAAAGUAUCGAUUACAUGAAUCUAAUAGUCUCUUAUCAAGUAUCACAGCAGAGAACUGCCUUUAUUAUGUCCUUUUGCAGAACCCACAAAAGUUAAUUUUGCUAAAAAUUGAUUUUUCGAAUCAGAUGCCACAGUACGCAUGCAUAAGUAUAGCAAAUGGCGAUAUCUCGGAUGCAAAGUUCUUUGAUGAUAAAGAACUGGGUAUUCUUGUAAAAACUGGACAAGAUAUCACUAUUUUAUAUACACUAUUGUUAAACCAUAUCAGCUACACUCAUCAACGCUCUGAAUUAACGUCCAUAGAUCUAGAGACACAACAUGAGAGGCAUUUACUCUUGAACAAAAUGAUUGAUGUCAACAUAGGAUGUAAUGGCUUACCUAAUAGACGUGUAUUUGCCACUGUGGCGUCCAACGGUCUAUUGAAUAUAUACUCUAUGGAUAAACAAGAAGAACUGGAAGAAGAACUGGACGAAUAA